AUGGGAUGCCAGACGUGUUUCCGUGGAAACGGGGAGUGUGACACAUGCAAGCAGGGACGCUGGGGGACCACUUGUUCGGCGAACUGCAGCACCGGAUGUUCCCCCUCGGCUGACGAGAGAAUAUACUGUAACAAGACUUCCGGUGUAUGCGUAGUUGGCGCGUGCUCACCGGGAUUCUACAAUAUCGACUGUACCGCGAGAUGCAACGUGCACUGUAGGACGGAUGGGAACGGAAAACGGAACUGCAACUUUCUUACCGGAGUUUGUCGAGACGGCUGCGAGGCCGGGUUCUACACCGACUUCUGUGAUAAAUCUUGCGGAGAAAACUGCCAGGGAAGUGUGUGUGAGCGCACCGGUCAGUGUUUCCGCGACCUUGGUUGCAGGCCUGGGUUCUACGGACCCACUUGCAGCCUCAGCUGUACUACAACCUGUACUGACGACGCUUGUAACAUAGAUGAUGGCAUGUGCGAUGAGUGCAAGAAGGUCGCCGAGUUACAAACACCGCUGUGCAGAUCCGCUGGCGCCGCAACGUGUGAGAGACUCAGCGGCGCGAGCGUAACGUGCAAGCCGGGUCUGUACGGUCAGAACUGCCUGUCGAAUUGCAGCAGGAAUUGUCUCCCUUCAUCGGGCGGCCAGAUCACGUGCAACAAGUUGUCGGGCUCGUGCGACUCCCAGCAGUGUGCCGACGGAUUCUACAACCCGUUCUGUACCGGGCUAUGCGAAAACACUUGUUUGCCAGUAGGUAGCAACGCGUUUGGAGCUUGCAACGUCACUUCCGCUGUUUGCCUGUACGGGUCCUGUCCUGUAGGCAAACACGGCCUUUUUUGUGAAUACAACUGUUCAAGCACGUGCAGUAACACGUGCGGACGCAUGACGCUCAUAUGUGACUCGUGCAAACCCGGCUACCAUGGUAACAUGUGCGAGUCACGUUGUCAAAACUGCGAUCAAGGCACGUGCGCACAGUGUACGGGCACGUGCGACCUACGAUGCGUGGACGGGUUCUACACAGACACGUGCUCGAAGCCAUGUUUACAACCGGGCUGUUUGUCAUGUGAAAGGCAAAGCGGACAAUGUGUCUCGUGCAAGACGGGCCUGUACGGAACCAACUGUGACCUCAACUGUAGCUCUCAGUGCCUUCCAUCUAGCACGGGGAUAAUCUCCUGCAACAAGACUAAUGGAGCGUGUCUCAUGGCAGCUUGCAAACCAGGUUACUAUGGCAACGCCUGUGUGACCCGUUGUCCUUUUAACUGCCUGCCUAACGCCAAUGAUAAUUUAGUUCGCUGCGACUUCACUUCCGGAACUUGUACAGAAGGAUGCAUCGACGGACGGUUUGGACCCAUGUGCGAGCGCCAGUGCAAUCAGACCUGUGCUGGAAGUGCAAAGCGCUGCCAGAGAGACGGCGUGUGUAGCGACGGUUGCAUUAAUGGUUACUAUGGGGACUAUUGUCAGCACGCGUGCGCGGAUACCUGCACGGAUAAUACGUGCGACCGGAAGUCAGGCAUCUGCGCGGACUGUCUACAGGAUCGCACGCCCCUCUGCCGCGACGCAGUGUGCCCCGCAACAACCACUGGACUCUACUGUAACCAGACUUGCCCUCAGAACUGUCUCAACGGCCUCUGCAACCGCUACACUGCCCGAUGUGACGCAUGCGCAAACGACUGGUGGGGCGCAAACUGCGCCUCAGUGUGCGGAAACUGUAAGGGCGACAAGUGUAACCAAGAUACGGGUGCCUGUGCGAGCGGAUGUGACGACGGGUAUUAUUCAUUGACCUGUACAACGCCGUGCAGGUACUCCGGUUGUCAGGCGUGUGAUAACCUCGGGGAAUGCGUCUCUUGCAAGCAAGGCAAAUACGACACCCUAUGCAGUCUGAACUGUGGCGACAAAUGCCUUCCACGGGAACCGGACGGACGCGUGUACUGCGCUAGGGAGAAUGGAGUCUGUAGUGAAGGCCAGUGCGUCCCUGGUUACUUCAGAUCAACAUGCACGGAGCGAUGCAAUGGCAACUGCGGUAUGAACUCCCUGUCUAUACGUUCGUGUAAUAUCGACACCGGACGUUGCACAGAGGAAUGCGAGCAGACAUGGUUCGGACCCAGCUGCGACAUCAGUUGCCCAGUGAACUGCGCUAAUCAAAACUGUAACAGGACGGGGGAGUGUCGCCAAGGGUGCAAUGCCGGAUAUUGGGGUGCAAGGUGCGAGCUGACAUGCGCAGUAACGUGUAACGAUGGAACCUGCGACCAAGCACUCGGGUCUUGUCUUGAAUGCAGCAAACCCAAUCCUACCCUGCUGUGUCGUGAUGCAGCCUGCUCACCCAGGAACCAAUGGGGUGUGUUCUGUAACAAGCCAUGCCCGGCGACAUGCGGUGAUGGUACAUGCGACAGGGACACGGGGUUCUGCAGGUCAUGCGCAAACACGUUCUGGGGUAUCACGUGCAACCAAACUUGUCUGAACUGCUACAAUGACACGUGCUUCCAGAGUAACGGACAAUGCAUCGCAAAGUGCAAGGACGGAUAUUAUGGAUUGCGAUGCAUCGACCCAUGUCUCCAUUCAGGGUGCCUGGAAUGCUCUCGUGAUAAUGGCUCGUGUAUCACGUGCAAGGCGGGGCUGUAUGGUGACACUUGCAGUCGCGCCUGUGCCGAGGGUUGUGCCACUGACGUCACCGGGGUGCUAAGCUGUAACAGGUUUACUGGUGGGUUUCUUUGUGUAGCAUGA